AUGGGUGUCCAAAAGAAGACUCGCAAGUUUGCGCAAGUGAAAAGGAUCAUUGGCCAAAGAGAUUCUCGCCUCAAGAAGAAUCAAGAGACCGACAAGGACGCUCAGAAGAAGAAUAAGAACGACGAUGAAGUGAUCAGAGAGGUACCUCAAGUCUCAUCGGCUUUGUUCUUCCAGUACAACACUGCCUUGGUGCCUCCAUAUCAAGUCCUCGUCGACACCAACUUCCUAUCCCAUACCGUUCAGAAGAAGCUCGAGUUAUUACCGACAAUGAUGGACUGCCUCUACGCAAAAUGCAUACCUAUCAUCACAGACUGUGUUAUGGCUGAACUUGAAAAGCUGGGACCAAAGUACCGAAUAGCCUUGCGCAUCGCCAGAGACGAACGCUGGGAGCGACUAAAGUGCGGCCACAAAGGCACCUACGCCGAUGAUUGUAUUGUGGACAGGGUCGCAAGACACAAGAUUUAUAUUGUGGCCACCAACGACAGAGACCUCAAGCGCAGAGUCCGCAAGAUACCCGGUGUUCCUAUCAUGAGUGUGGCAAGAGGAAAAUACGUGAUCGAAAGGCUGCCAGAUGCGCCGGAAAAAUGA